AUGAGCCCAUUCACGAUGACGGGAACCGCGCGAGGGGCCACGGUGGCGAAGCUCGGCGGCAGCGCCCGGCCCACGGCAGCCAAGAGCCCAUCUCUCAGCCGCGGCGCUGGGCGGGCCCUCCGCGCGCGUCCCCCGCGCGACGUCCGCGUGUUUGACUCGAAGGAGGACGCGGCGCGGAAGGCGAUCGAGGAGGGGCUGAAGGGCUCGUUCCGCGGGAAGGACAUCCUCGCGGACAACGAUGGCGGCAGCGGCGGGCGCGGGGGCAAGCGUGGCGGCGGCGGGGGCGGGCGCGGCGGGUUCGGGGGGUUCGGCGGCGGGUUCGGCUCCGGCGGCAGCUUCAACCCGAAGGCCUUCUUCCUCGGCCUCCUCCGCGGGAUGGCCGCCUUCGCCGCCGGCGCCGGCAAGACCCUCGGCGCGGUGUUGACCCUCGGCUUUGUGCUGUUCGCGAUCGGCAACUUCCGAGUGGUCAUGGACGGCGUCUCCGGGCUGUUCGCGCGGAUCUUCCGUCUGGACGGCGGGUCGCGCAUGCGGGCGCUGCGCGACCGCGCGGAGAAGAGCAAGGCGGCGCUGGAGGCGGAGCAGAAGGCGGCCGAGGCGGAGGGGCGCGAGGUGGACUCGCUCGGGGUGCUCGAGUCGAGCGUGACGGCGAAGUGGGGCCUCGACGACGACGAGGCGGAGGAGAGCGACGAGGAGGGCGCCGAGGGCGAGUGA